GAUUUUUUUUUAAUUACAUUUUAUUUAUUUUUCAUGGAAAAAUUUGAAUUCUCAGACUUUUGGAUCCCACUGUAUAAACACAAAAUAUUUAGAUAUAUUUAUAAAUAUAAAUCUGUUCUAUGUAAUAUUAUUAUAAUGUACUAUAUAAUAAUAUCAUGUAUGAUAUUAUUGCAAAUUAAUUAGUUUCUCUACUCUGUAUCUUUAAAAAAAAAAAAAAGUUUUUAAAACACAUAGUAUAGUAUUCACUAAUAAGCGACACGAUUCAGCUUUGUGUGGUUGUUUAUUAACCCGACACUGGAUUUAUACACGCUUAGGCAUCAGAUCAGAGGAAAUAAGAAAAUCGAAUAAAAUAUUUAGAUUUAUUACUCCUCUGCGGUCAUUAUUUUUAUUUGCAUACCGAUUAAUUGCUCAUUUCACAGCGCGAAGCUGGCGUUUCGACAGGGUAUCGAGUCGUCGUUAUCUAGCGAACGACGCGAAAACACAACGGUAAAGUCUGUGGUUCUUCACACGUGCCUGCGGUAAAGACUUAAAGUACUUGAAAUGUGAACGAGGAGGUGAAUUUACGGUUCUUCAUAUUGCAAUAUAAUAUAAUCUAAUACCUCUCUAUUCUUACAUUUUUAUACAAAAGAGUAAAAUCUAACGAGAGAUGCGCAGUUCGGUAGAAAGGUUGCUGUGCGUAUAUCGAACUGAUUAUUUGUGUCGCCUGAGUUUGCGCUCUGCCAGCUGUUUCUACGUACAAUGCGAACGUAUGCCGGCGUUUUUAAAUGUUCCUGUUGAGUGUUUGUUCUGGUUUUGUGGGACUGUGAAUAAUUGUAGUGUGAUCUUUCUUUCUUUCAGUUGGAAUAUCUGUGUAGUGCUGCUUCACUAAAUAAACGGAGAAAACAAUCAGGCUACUGAGCCACUCUGUGUCUGUUUGGGUUCAAGUCGAAGCCUUUUUUUUGUUGUUGCUUUAUAUUUGUGCUAUCAUAUAUGGUCAUAAAUAGGGGUGGAAAACACGUCAGAGGCACAGCACGAAUAUCUGGAGGAAGUGGUGCAUGUGUAAUAAACCUCUUGACGGGUGUGUGACCAUUCACAUGAAGUGACACCCGUGGUUCACAAACAAACUCGUACUGUUUUUCCAUCAGGUUGAAGGUCUGAAGAUCUUCAGAUGUUCAGUGCUCAAUAGAAACAUGGCGAUGAAGAGUUGGACGGCAGGUACACAGUGUGUCGCCAAAAAGCAGCACUGCAAACCCAAAGCUGGUGAAAUAGCGUAUCACAAAGGCGACAUCUUGAUGAUCAUUGGACCUGGGACGAGGAAUGGAGAAUACAGAGCCCGCCAUAACACCACAGGGGAGGAAGGAUUGGUUUCAGGUUCGAAACUCAGAGAAAGGGAAGCCCUCCGUAUCGACCCCAAAUUGAGUCUGAUGCCAUGGUUUCACGGUAAAAUAUCUGGACCGCAAGCCGUCUGCAAACUCAAGCCCCUGGAGGACGGGCUGUUCUUGGUGCGGGAGUCGGUUCGGCAUCCCGGCGACUUCGUGCUGUGCCUCUGCUUCAGUCAGAAGGUCUUCCACUACAGAGUCAUCUUCAAAGACAGCAAGCUGAGCAUCGACAACAAGCAGUUCUUCUACAACCUCAUCGACAUGAUCGAGUUUUACAGAGUACAUCAAGGCGCCCUCGCUUCGCUCCUGCUGAAGCCCAAGAAGAUGGAAGGCACUAAAUCCGCCGAGACCAAGCUGUUGAAAUCCGGCUGGCUUCUAGAUCUGUCCAAGCUGAAGCUAGGAGAGAUCAUCGGAGAAGGAGAGUUCGGCGCCGUGUUCGAGGGUGAAUACGCCGGGCAGCGGGUGGCUGUUAAGAACAUCAAGUGUGACGUAACCGCUCAGGCCUUCCUGGAGGAGACGUCUGUCAUGACGAAUCUCCAUCAUAAGAAUCUGGUGCGGUUAUUGGGAGUGAUUCUUCACAACGGCCUGCACAUCGUCACAGAGCUCAUGGCCAAGGGGAAUCUGGUGAAUUUUCUUCGCACAAGAGGACGCUUCGCCAUCAGUGCGACGCAGCUGCUGCGCUUUUCACUAGACGUUUGUGAAGGAAUGGAGCACCUGGAGUCGAAGAAACUCUUGCACCGAGAUCUCGCCGGACGCAACAUCCUCGUGUCUGAAGACAGCGUCGCCAAAAUCAGCGACUUCGGUCUGGCCCAAGUCAGUUCGACGGCUACCGACAACUCCAAGUUACCCGUCAAGUGGACGGCGCCCGAAGCCUUGAACAGCAAGAAGUUCUCCACUCAGUCAGACGUUUGGAGCUACGGAGUCCUCCUCUGGGAGAUCUUCUCAUACGGCAGACAGCCGUAUCCCAAAAUGUCGGUGAGUGAGGUGCGGGAGCGAGUGGAUCAGGGUUACCGCAUGGAGCCUCCGGACGGAUGUCCUCCUGACGUCUACAGCAUCAUGACGUCCUGCUGGGAGACGGAGCCCAAGAGGAGACCGUCCUUCCACAAGCUCCGAGAGCGGCUGGAGAAAGAGCUCGGCACACACUGACCUCCGCAUGUGUCUAUAAUGUACAAUUAAUUUAUUAUUCAUCACACUCUGUAUUUAGGGGUUUUUGAGUGGAUCUUGAAAACACACCGAGGUGUUUCGCCUCAAGAUGGGGAAAGUCAGAUUAAACUAUCGCAUGAAGGUAAAGCCUGGUUUAGGACCUUAAUUUAAUUGUAUUUGUUGCAUUGUAUAACUUAUUAUAAGUGGUUCUCAUCUACUGAUUUAUUUUAUUGUUUUUAUUUUUAUUAAAAUGGUAUAAUAAAAAUCGAUAUAAACAAUACAGCAUGUAAUAACACGAAAUACCUUUUAUUUAAUUUUUUUUUGCAUUAAUUAUAAUGUGAAUUUGGUAGAAAAUGUGCUUAUUUGUCGUGGAAAAUAAUUUAAUGUUGCUCUCAAAUUUUUAGGGUUGUAAGAAAUAAAAUCUUUCUUAUUUUAUUGUUGUUUAUAAUAAUUUAAAAAAUUUAAUCAGUACAAAUUAAAACAAUAUAGCAUAUAAUACCAUGAUGAAAUACCUAUUACUUGAUAUAUAUUUAAUACUUAAAUGUUUUUUUGUGCUUAUUUGUUAUUGAAAUAAUGUCACACCAUUGACUACAGUCACAAUAUGCAUAAUUAAAAUCUAAAUUAAUUCUCAUUACUGAAGUGCAAAUAUUAUUUAAUAUCACUGUAUUCGGAAAUUAAAACAAGACACAAUGUGUCCAGACACAUUAUUAUUAUUAAAUUUUUUUAUUAUUAUUAAUUAGGCUUUAGUUUAUUUUAUUUCAGCCGUUUGUUUUGAUUUUGGGGUGGAAAUAUUCCUGACAGGUUUUUCCCAAAUGAUGAAAUUCAUUAUUGCACAUGCUUUAUUAUUAUUAUUAUUAUUAUUAGUAGUAUGUGCUUCAGUCCUCUGUGAGGUUUUGUAAAAAACAGGCUUUCUGCUUAUGUUGUACAUGCAAUGAGAAAUGUAUUUAUUGUGACAACAGUAAUAAACCCAUCAGGAAAUGGAUUUUCUACAGGAAGUCGUCUUUCUGAAUCACUCGUUCUUAAGAAAGAGAAGGAUGAAAGCGUGUUAGACUGAUGAAACAUCCUGUUUAUCUGGGAUUAGCUCCUGGGUCACUCGUAUCUGCUGGUUUUGUGCUGUAGACAGGAAGAAACCACUUAGCAAACAUGCUAAAAAAACAUUUCCCAAAGGUUCAUGGGAUUUAUUCUCAUUGCGUUGAUUCGUCGGUUGUGUUUAUCUGUCACCCAUGAGACCGCAGCAGAUUGAGUUUCCCGUCUUUAUUCUGUUUUAUAAAUCCUCCGAUAGGAUGAUGUGUAAUUCCUCAAGAUGAUAAUAAAGGCCUCUGGUCCUUUAUGUUUGGGA